AUGUCGGAUCCGGCGUGCUCAUCGGAAGAACCAAGACUGGACGAUGACCUCUCCCGGAUGACGCCCUCCCCGGAAAACCUCGAAUCCUUCUCCGGGCAGCCCUCGCCAAAUCAGGGCGGUUGCGAGAUGUGCCACAAUUACGAGACCAAUCUCACGAUCAUGCAAGACAACGAGAGGAAGCUGCGCGAAGAGCUGAAGGCCGUCAAGGAGCUGUCGGAUCGAUACGAGAAGGAGUUGUCAAACGAGAGGGAUUACCGGCGGGAGAUGGAGAAGCGAUUUGCGGAAUCGACGGAGAAAGCCGAGGAAAAGAUCAAGCUGGCCCUCACCAACCACUCAAAGAUGGCGUCGGCCUACGAUUCUCUGAAGGACCGCUACAACGAGACUGUCAAGAAGGUGCAGGACAAGGCGACGCGCAACCGUGAAAAGUACGAGCAGCUGACGGCCAAGCACGUAGCGACGAUAGACAAGUACAAGGCUUUGUUGGGUGUCAAUCGAAUGACGGCCCGAGCCAUGCAAGAAGAGGUUAUCUCAAUCCCGGAAGGCGCCGAUCUCCAAAUCCACUGCCUCGGGCUACGGGAACAGUUGAUCGAAGCCCGCGCCGCGCUUGAACAUCUGCGCGUCGAAAAAACCGACGUCGAAGCGACCCUUCGCGCCCAAUUACAAGAAGAAGCCGCCGUCCGCGACUCGAUCGAAAAGGCGCUCGGCUCGCAAAUUACGGAACUGCAGACCGAAGUCGCCAUCGGGAAAUCGGACCUGACUUCCGCGGCAACGACGCUGGCGGCCGCUGAGGAGCAGAAGCGCCAGAUUGUCGAGCUGCAGGCGACGAUCACCGAGCUCGAGGGACAAGUGCAACAAGUCCAGGACCAGCGCAAGGCCGUCGAGCAGACCGCGCAGAAUUACAAGGCCCGGUGCAGCUCGCUUCAACAGGAGCUCGACACGUGCGAGAUGGUGCAGAAGGACUUUGUCAAGCUCAGCCAAUCCCUGCAGAUCCAACUCGAGAAAAUCCGCGCCUCCGAGCAGGAAGUGCGAUGGCAAUUCGACGACGACGUCGACAACUGCCAGGAAUGCUCGGCGGCCCUCAACCGCACCAAGCCCAAGCCCCAUUGCCGGCACUGCGGCCGCAUCUUCUGUACAAAGUGCCUCUCCAACUCGGUCUCCGCGGGUCCGGCUCGAAGGCCGGCCUCCGUCUGCCAAGUCUGCCAUACGCUACUCAACCCCGACUCUGCCCCCUUCUUCUCCAAAGAAAAC